GGUAUAUGAUUGGCCAGGCGGGCACUGGUAGUCCGGAGGCUGGCGUUGUGUUCCGCGUUGAUCCCCGUGUUCUUGUUUACACCUUGCGGACGGGGGACGAGACAAGACACCCAGGGGCCCAGAACUGACUCGGGAGUCUGUAGUCUACAGUGUACACGGCUAUCUGGCAGCAUCAUCCCGUGGUACUUAUUUUGUAUGGUCGUGACUCUUCUAAUGUAAUCGCUCAAUUCACGGCAGCGAUGCGUCAAACUUUUUGGUGACUUUUGUGGCACCUCUGCGCUCAUGGCUCUCAAUCAAGCCGGGUACAGGUAGAGCUGGAAAUGAAAUCCACCAGGAAUAGUCCCGACAAAUUGUUGCUUUAUAUUCAAAGGGUGUGAUAUCUGCGGACCUCUUCAAACUUUGAUUUCGGACGGAAAUUACACCCUUUCAGUCUUUUUCAGACAUUCACACGCUGCUUGGUGAUGGAUGUGUUUUGAGCGUUGAAGCCUGUUUGCGUCAAGAGUGAACUAUUUGCCAAAAACAACGGCAUCCCAUAUCAGUCAUUGGACUCGUUAGUAUUUCAUCAUUUCCUGAGAAAUCUUUCAGGGAUAAAGACUUUGUUGGACAAGAGUCACUUGGUGUGUCAAAAGCACCGCAGGUUCUCCUGUGUGGACAACCCGGGACGUUUCGCGACGGCGUAGCCGGAAAAGAUGCUCUCUGUUCGGAUGCAGCGUGACCAAGGUCUCGGUCCUCUGGUUCUUUGCCUGCUGUUAGGGGGAUAUGUCGUGUCUGGCACUGAGAGCAGCGACUACAGCGAGGCCGAGGUCCUCCCCGACUCCUUCCCGUCAGCACCGGCAGAACCUCUCCCAGAAUUCCUCCUGGAGCCGGAGGACGCUUUCAUCGUAAAGAACCGGCCGGUCCAGCUACGGUGCCGGGCGUCGCCAGCCACACAGAUCUACUUCAAAUGCAACGGAGAAUGGGUCAAUCAGAACGAUCACGUCACCAGAGAGAGCCUGGACCAGCUCACAGGUCUGGUGGUGAGGGAGGUGGACAUCUCGGUGUCGAGGACCCAGGUGGAGGAGCUGUUUGGGCUGGAGGACUACUGGUGCCAGUGUGUGGCCUGGAGCUCGGCUGGCACCACCAAGAGCAACCGUGCCUAUGUUCGCAUUGCAUACCUGAGGAAGAACUUUGAGCAGGAGCCACUGGGGCGGGAGGUGCGACUCGAGCAGGAAGUGCUGCUGCAGUGUCGCCCCCCAGAGGGCAUGCCAGCUGCUGAGGUGGACUGGCUGAAGAACGAGGAUGUCAUUGAUCCAUCACAGGACUCCAACUUCCUGAUCACCAUUGAUCAUGAUCUGAUCAUCAAGCAGGCCAGACUCUCAGACACCGCCAACUACACCUGUGUGGCUCGUAAUGUGGUGGCCAAAAGACGCAGCAGCACAGCUACUCUCAUCGUUUAUGUGAGUGGAGGUUGGUCUUCUUGGACUGAAUGGUCAGAGUGUAAUGCUCAGUGCGGGCGGGGCUGGCAGCGACGAACACGCAGCUGUACCAAUCCUGCCCCUCUGAAUGGAGGAGCCUUCUGCGAGGGUCCACCCUUCCAGAGAGUGACCUGCACCACUCUGUGCCCAGUGGAUGGAGGCUGGACAGAGUGGGCAAAGUGGUCAGCCUGUGGGACAGAGUGCACCCACUGGCGCAGUCGUGAGUGCCAAGCCCCCCCACCCAGGAACGGAGGAAAGCACUGCAGCGGCAGCAUGAUGGAGAGCAAAAACUGCACUGAGGGGCUUUGUACACGAAAUAAAAAGAUUUCUAUUGAACAUGCAAGCCAUCCACUGGCCCCAAGUAUGGGUGUAGCAGUCUAUGCCGGUCUGGUGGUGGCCCUGCUGCUGUGUGUGAUCCUGGCACUGUGCGUGGGAGGGCUGGCAUAUCGCCGCAGACGCCGCCAUCUCCACGGAGAUAUCACCGAUUCUUCAUCUGCUCUCACCACCGCCUUCCACCCUGGCAACUACAAGCCUCCCAGACAGGAUAACCCUCACCCUCUGCACCCCUCAGCUCCACCAGAUCUGACAGCCACAGCGGGUGCUUUUCGUGGACCGCUCUUCUCCCUGCAGCAGGGGGUCAACGAUAGCCCUCACAAAAUCCCCAUGACCACCUCUCCCCUGCUGGACCCCUUGCCCAGUCUCAAGAUCAAGGUGUACAACUCCUCCACUCUUUCCUCCCUGGAGCUCCCUGCUGACAUGGGCUCAGGUGACGGGGAGAUCCUCAGCCUGAAGUCGGUGGGCACUGUGGGUAGAGAGCGAGAGUACCACAGUCACACGCUUUCCAGAGAGCCUGGGCUUAGCACCAGUGCCACCCUGGGUAACUUGGGAGGACGCCUCACCAUCCCAAACACAGGUGUGAGUCUGCUGGUCCCUCCUGGCACAAUCCCCCAGGGAAAGUUCUACGAGAUGUACCUCAUUAUUAAUAAGUGGGACAAAACAACGCUACCCUCUGAGGGCAGUCAGACUGUUCUGAGUCCUGUGGUGAGCUGUGGCCCAUCCGGUAUGCUGCUGAAUCGCCCUGUGGUCCUUACGUUGCCCCACUGUGCCCAGCUGGACACACCUACACCUGACUGGACCCUCACACUCAAGACUCAGACGCACCAGGGGGCUUGGGAGGAGGUGCUGACAGUGGGCGAAGAGACUUUGUCAUCUCCUUGCUACCUGCAACUGGAGGAGGAGUGUUGUCACGUUCUCAUGGAGCAGCUGGGAACGUAUGGCCUAGUGGGCCAGUCCUGCCCUCCACAGCCUGCCUGCAAACGCCUGCAGCUGGCUCUGUUCGCCCCCCGAGCACCCUGCCUCUCCCUGGACUACAGCCUCCGGAUCUACUGCAUCCAUGACACGCCACAUGCCCUCAAGGAGGUGCUGGAUUUGGAAAGAAGUCUAGGUGGAGUUUUGCUGGAGGAUCCCAAGCCGCUGCUCUUCAAAGACAGUUACCACAACCUGCGUCUGUCCAUCCACGACAUUCCUCACACUCACUGGAGAAGCAAACUACUGGCCAAAUACCAGGAGAUCCCGUUCUAUCACAUUUGGAGCGGCAGUCAGAGACCUCUGCACUGCACCUUCAGCCUGGAGAGAGGCAGCCUGGCUGUGUCACAGCUCACCUGUAAGAUCUGUGUCCGACAGGUGGAAGGAGAGGGACAGAUAUUUCAGCUGCAUACAGACAUCCAGGAGACUCUACCCCCACACUCGCCCCUCCCCUCAGGAGGCACCUGCCUGCCUUCCUCUCAAGUGGGACCCUAUGCCUUUCGCUUGCCUGACUCCAUCCGCCAGAAGAUCUGUGCCAGUUUGGAUGCACCCAGCGCUCGCGGGUGUGACUGGAGACUACUGGCACGCAGUCUGGGCUUUGACAGGUACUUGAACUACUUUGCAACAAAGCCCAGCCCCACAGGUGUUCUACUGGACUUAUGGGAAGCUUGUCACCAAGGUGACGCAGACCUGGUCUCUUUGGCGACCGCGCUGGAAGAGAUGGGCAAAAGUGAGGUGCUAGUUGUCAUGACAACAGAUGGGGAUUGUUGAUUGGUCAAUGAAAAAGAAAGCGAGCAAGACACUCUUUUUUUUUAACCACCGUCAUGAAAAUAGGAAUACCUGCCUAUGAAUAUGCACACCCUGGCACACAUUAAAAGCCAACAUAACAUAUCGGUUCUUCUUUUCUCUUCUAUUACUUCUAUGUCAUCUUGCUUUUCACUGGCCCCUGAUCAGCCACUGUCGAUACAUCCACCAUAACCCAUUUCCAUGCGAGCCGCCCUAUGAUAACUGCUAACCUGAUUCAGUUUGAAUCCUCCAAAGCAAUGUUGCAAGAUGUGAAACCAUUUUGAGGAUAACGAAGGUUAAAAAAAAUGUGUGUAAAGUCAUCUGUUGUGUCGUGUUGACUGUCCUCUGCAAAGAUUGAGAAUGACUAUAUUCUUGUAUAUAAAAAUAACAAAGCUUUGGGACAAACAAACAAAAAAAUCCCUGUAUUCACAGCACACUAAAGCACACACAAUAACACAAUAACAUAAUAACACAAACACACAUACGCUAACGCGGGAUUACCCAUGUUUCAGAAGCAGCAUGAAAGUGCAUGAUUUAACACCAUCUCACCUCAUGGCAGGGGCUUUUGUUUUCUCCAUUGUCAUUCUGUGUGGGUAGUGAAUGACAGGCAGCACUGACCUGUCUGCAACCUCCUCAGGCUAUAGACACACUCCAACACACACGCGGACAAAACUGGUCAUUAAUCGGCUCUGAAUCAGACAGGCUAGGAUUUCUUGUCUAACUGCUUCGACUGUCAACAAAUGGUAUGAGGACUGAGCUCUCAAGGUUUCAGGGCUUGAGCUUAUCGCUUUGGGCUGAAAAAAAAAAGAAAAAAGCUGCCUCUUCUUUGUGGUGGGAGGGUGAAUUGUGAAGAUUGUUUCAGAAUUGGUGGAUAACUAGACCGACUGACUCUUUAUAUUGUACCGACAAAUGCCUCAAAGCCUUGGCAUAUCGUUCCGACUCACAGGGGUGUUUCUCUUUCAUCUCUCCUUGCAUUCCUCUAUCGCUCUGCCACACUCGUCCGAUCUGUUGAGAAUAAACUGCAGGAGAGCUUUCUGGUCAUCCCUUAAAAGUUUCCUUUGGGGAACGCUUUUUAAGUUAUUAUCCAUAUUUGUGGAUUGUUUGUUCUUUUUUUUGCUGUUUUGAUCAUAUAGAAAACCAGUUUCAUCAUUUGUGCUUGUUUAGGCUUCUGAGCUGCUGUGUAUUAUUUUUUAUUCUAGUAGAGAAGGCCAAAUGGGAGACUUAGGUGCACAGUGGAUGUCAGUUGUGAAUAACAAAACCAUGUUUGUUAUUUUUAAUAUUGUGUAUCUAUUCAAAAUAUAUAAUAUGAACUGUAAAACAUGAUUAGAGGUGGUCAAAUGUCCAGGUGAAUAUACUGAACGCUGCAUUUCAUAGGCUUUUUGCUUUGCUGUAACUGAGGGCAGUUUCCACUGUUCAGAGAUGAAUAUUGCAGAAUAGAUUAGCCUCGCCUUGAAU